GCUCCACGCUUCCCGCCCGACUUUGUCCGAUUCCGUGAGAAGGUUGUGGUCCGCCUGGGCACAGAUGUGGAAUUCGAAUGCCCCGUCCUGGGCUCACCUCCACCGACCAUCACAUGGUACUAUAACGGGGCUCCGCUGAAUCAGUUCACCGCGCCAACCAAAUAUCUAUUCGAGGAUGAGGGUAAAUUGUUGCGAAUCGGCGCCACCACGGGAAAAGAUGCCGGGGAAUAUCAAUGCAUGGCACGAAAUGAAGUGGGCAAUGUGACCAAGAUUUAUGAGCUGGAUGUGAUCAUGCCACCCCUUGUUAGAUUGGAUAAGACAGAGGUCCGUGAGCGUGAAGGAGCCACGUUUACAGUGCACUGUUCGGCAGAAGGACAACCGAAACCGAACUUGGAAUGGUCACGUGAAGCCGGUGGUCUGUUCCGACUGGGAACGAGUGUGGAUAUCGCUACCGGCUUACUAACAAUCACGGACGCGAAAAAGGAGGAUGCCGGGCGAUACACAUGUACCGCAACAAACAAGAUCAGCCAGGACUCGAAGUCGGUGAAUGUGGAAAUCAUCGAGCGUCCCACGAUUCACACAUCCAUGGAACCCAUUUUGGUAAAGGAGAAUGGUCAGGUACUUUUACCAUGCCAAGCUACCGGGACUCAGCCGAUUCGUGUCCAGUGGCUUCUUCCCUCAGGUCAGCUGAUUACCGCUGAUCAACCCGGACAGUUUCGACUGUUGCCUGAUCAGACUAUCAACUUCAUGCUUCAGGGUCUACUCAUCGAGCAAGUGAAACCGGAACACGCUGGUCGUUAUCGAUGCUCGGCAAACAACGAGGCAGGUUUUCAGAAUGCGGUUAUCAGUUUAGAAGUUUUAGCCUCAUUGGAAGUUUCCAGUCGCCUGAAUUCCGUGCUUCAACUGCAUUGUGAGAUUGAGAGUGGAUCACCCAUUCCCACCGUUGUGUGGGAACGAGAUGGAUUGACAUUUAGUCGAACAAAGAGCUAUUACACCACGACCGAAUCGGGCCUGUUCAUUUUCAACUCACUCAAACGUGAGGACGAAGGGGAACUUACCUGCGUGGCCAAGAACGCUGCCGGAGAGGAUCGUCUUACCUUCCGAGUGUCUGUUCAAGUUCCACCACGGGUCUCACUCGCCGUCUCAACUAUCGGAUAUGAGGAUCAAUCGGUUACCAUAACAUGUGAAGUUGAAGGUCAACCCGAGCCUGAGGUUACUUGGGAAUUCAAAGGUCAACCGUUGAUGAACAGUUUGGGUAAUCGUGUGCGAUUCGAUAAUCCAUCACAAGUGACCAUCUAUAAUUUGAAGCCCUCAGACGCGGGUAGCUAUUUCUGCGUUGCUCGUUCGGCCGGCCAUGAUGUGGCAAUGGAUUCAACCUAUCUAACCGUUUUCAGCAACCCCAGCAAGAAUGGAAUCGGGUCACUUGUCCUCGGGCCACUUCGAACCGAACAGGCAGGAUUGUAUUCCUGUGUGGCCAAAAAUGAUGCCGGGAAAAUUGAAUAUCCCUUUGAAUUGCGAGUGAAAACUCGACCACGUGUACACGUGUACCAGUCAGACGAACCUAGUCGUCCGGAACAGUCCACCCGUUUGCGCUGUGAAGUGAGUGGCGAUGCGGACUCGGUCGUUUGGCUCAAAGAUGGUGAUGUUGUAUCCAACUCCAGUCGCAUUGCGAUCAUGGAUAACGGAAAAAGUUUGGUUAUUAGUAUGACCAAGGCCAGAGACACCGGUGUCUAUCAGUGCAUUGCAACCAAUCCAGUCGGAGAAGAUCAAGCUGAACUACGUCUUGUGGUGGAGUUUACUCUGGAAUGCCGUGCCGAAGGUGAACCGACUCCAACCAUCACGUGGUACAAAGAUAAACAGUUGUUGGAAAUGGGUGGUACUCGCUCGGUCAUCAAUAAUGGUUCCCUGCGCAUUGUGGGCAUCUCCCCCACGGACGAUGGAAUGUAUCAUUGUGUGGCCUCAUCCAUUCUGGGCGAGGAUUUCUCGCCAUCGGCAAUCCUCCGUGUUGAAAUUGACGGUGGUUGGUCUGCCUGGUCCCCAUGGACUGAUUGCAGCCAGACAUGUGGUCACGGUAGCCAAACGAGAUCGCGCACCUGUACCGAACCGGCUCCACGCAACGGGGGUGCACAUUGCUUCGGUGAGGCCACCGAGGCACGCACAUGUCUGGUUGCCUUCUGUCCGGUGAACGGAGCCUGGGGUGCAUGGACUCCAUGGUCUGCAUGCACGGCCACAUGUGGAGCGGGUCUGUCCCAACGCCAGAGAAGAUGCGACAAUCCACCACCGAGUAACGGAGGAAAGACCUGUGAAGGUGAAGCUGUGGAGGAUGUUAUGUGCCAGGGCUUACCUCCAUGCCCCGUAUCCGGCGGUUGGUCUCCUUGGUCUGCUUGGUCCGAUUGUUCGGCCAGUUGUGGUACUGGCGGAACACAAAGUCGUCAUAGACUCUGCGAUAAUCCACCUCCAACAAACGGUGGUCGUCCAUGUGCCGGAAAGGAGUUGAUGGUUCGUGCUUGCAAUCGUGGCCCGUGCCCAGUGAAUGGUGCUUGGGGCAAUUGGACUCCGUGGUCUCACUGUUCCAAGAGUUGCGGCGGUGGACAACGACGUCGUAUUAGACGUUGUGACAGUCCAGCUCCAGCCUACGGUGGUCAAGAUUGCCCACCGACAGGUUAUUUGGAAAUUUCCGACUGUGAAAACGAGCCUUGUCCAAUUCAUGGAGAAUGGUCAAACUGGUCCUCGUGGUCUGCCUGCUCACGCACAUGCGGAAUCGGUUUGCAAACACGGGAACGAGAAUGUAGUCAACCGGCACCGCAGUACGGUGGUCGAUUGUGCCCCGGUUCAGCGAAAGAGGUACGCACUUGUGAAGUGAAUCAACCGGGAAGCUCCCUGGCUUGUCCUGGAUCCGGUGGUCCUGCCGGUCCUGCUCCCUAUACCUCAUGGUCUGAAUGGACAGAGUGGUCUGAAUGCGAACCGGACUGUCUGUUCACCGGGCCUCGUUCGCAGCUGGGUGGCUGGAAACGUCGUACUCGAAUCUGUCAGCUGCGUGAGAUAAAACUGGGCGGUGUUGAAGAACCCCGAAUCGGACAACAAGCUCACGGGUGCCCUGGACCUGCGGAAGAUGUACAACAAUGUACUCUGGAACCGGGCUCACCUGAAUGUACCGAUUUAUCUGAUCAUCCAAAGUCCGGCAUUGUGACCGGGAUUAUCCGGGGUCACUUGAACAAACUAGACAUCGGUCUGAUCCCGAUCAACGCUAGUUGGACCGCCUCGGUUACGCAAAAUCCCGUCCAGUUCCGUUUUGAUCUGAACGAUGUGCUACCCGAUCAUCAGACAUGUAUCUUGGCUCUGACCGAAAUCUAUACCCCGNACCCCGAUACUUUGAUGAACGGUGCCUCGAACGGACAACGCGUUGUCGGUCCUGAUGGAGCCUGGACAUGGGACACAGUGGGGCAAUUCGCUGAUGGCAGCACAGUACAAAUCAAUCAUCGUGUGACAUACGACGUGGACUUGAACACACAUCCAAGCACAACACGGCUUCGUCUGGAUAUCUAUGUAACAGGCACUUGUCCAUUAUCAUUGACCGAUGCGGCUGUGAUCAAUGGGGAUGCAUCUAUUCGACUGCAUGAGUACAGAGAGAACAUAGUUCAGUUGAAUCCACGACGCGGUGAACUACACGGGCACUCUUCACGUACUUUUGGCCUGAGGAAACCGGAUCAAGUGCGGUUUGAGAUGGAACCGUACGCAUGGAACUCAUUUAUCCAAUCCGGACGCGGUCGACGUCAGCGCUAUUUGAAUCAGGAGUUAUUCGUUACACAAAUUAAUACCAGUUCUGACAGGGCUAGGCGUACGCUUCAUCUACAAGCUCAGGCACACAUCACCAAACCAAUUGGCGGUGAAGUUUGCCCCGCAGGAUUUGAGUUACAACGUACCCGAGUAUCCGGUCCCGGGAGUACUCUGGAAGCAUUGCGCGAUUAUUGUCAGGAUGUGGAUGAAUGCUCUUCGCGUACUCUGAACAAAUGUGAUCACGUAUGCGAGAACACUGUUCCACACUAUACAUGUGCUUGUCAUACCGGAUAUCGCUUGGCCGCUGACGGACACUCCUGUGUGGAUAUCGAUGAGUGUACGAGUAAUGGAGGGAGUCCGUGCCAGGCAGAUCAACGUUGUGUCAAUACACCGGGCAGUUAUGAAUGUCGACGUUCAUGUGGACCCGGUCUCCGAGAUGACCCGUCUGGGGAUGGAUGUAUCGACGUUGACGAGUGCACUUCCACACCGGACGUGUGUGGCAUUCACCAAUGUACCAACACCUAUGGAAGUUACUACUGCACAUGUCUGGCCGGCUACAAUCGCAUUGGAGAGCAGUGUGAAGAUAUCGACGAAUGUUUAGCCGGUACUCAUCACUGUCGGGAGAAUGAACAUUGUAUCAAUUUGCCUGGNCCUGGGACAUACAAAUGCCAUGCGGCUUGUCCAACCGGAUAUAGAGCCCUAAUGAACUCAGCCACUCAGACUGUGGAAUGUGUUGAUCUGGAUGAAUGUGCCAUGGGUAACUUCCAGUGCCCUCGCGGAUCACGAUGUGUAAAUGAACCGGGAUCUUACAGCUGUCGAUGCCCGAAUGGAAUGCCAGCAGGGGCACGCGGAUGUGAAGAACGCAAAGAAACCCUGUGCAAUGAAGGAUUUCAGUGGGAUCGUGAACUUGGUUGUGUGGAUAUUAACGAAUGUCAACCACCGUCUGGUCCUUCCCCAUGUCAAUACAAAUGCGUGAACACAUAUGGUGGUUACACCUGUGAAUGCCCAAGUGGUUACAAGCUGGAUCCACGAACGAAAUUAUGUCGAGUAGUAUAA